AUGCCGCUCUUCAAAAACCUUCGCCGCCGCUCCAAGACUAGCUUUCGAAGUACAUCGCGUUCUACAGAAAAGUCCUCUGGAGCUCAGUCGAAUGGGGACGGCACAUCAGGGAACUCAUCCUCGACCAUUGACUCCGCCUCCUACAGCUCUGUCACUCCGCCCUCGUCCAUCAAGCCCACUCUCUCCACGCAUAAUCUACCUUCCCAGAAUGGCUCCAAUGGCAGUUCUCCCCUUCCUGUGCCCCAGCAGCGACCACACCCCAUGACCUCGCCAUCUCAACGAAAUAGCUACUUCGGAGGUAGCUCACCAUCCAUUAAUGGUGCCACUCGGUCGCCUGCGCCAUCCUCACCCUACGCUCCGAGGAUUAUUUCUAUUCAAGAGAAUACUUGGGUCCACCAAAAGGUGCUCUUAAUAUACGGCCAAGUUGGGGAUCCAAGGCAACAUCCGCUGGAUGGGAGUAUAACGGUUAAUCAUCACCAAGAUAGCUUUCCACCGGUCUCAUGGCCAGUCACCUCCUCUCACUUUAAAGCCCUAGUGCACUUAGUUCCGGGUCCCAAUCGAUUACGCCUCGACUUUGUUUCAACCAAGUCGUCUUCAGCUAGCCUGCACCAAGCGACGCAUUCCUCUUGGAUCAACGUGAAUCACCUUCCUUUAUCCAAUUCUCCACCUCUUCACUUGGUGAUCCUACUCGGAAAAGACUCUGAGGAAACCUUUGAUGCCGUGCCGGAAAGAAAGCAGCGCGAGGGCAAUGAUUUAGAUACAGCCAUUCGGAAGUAUCGGAUGGCUGCGUACCUCUGGCAGGCAUUCACCGGCGAACAGAUGUUCCGCAACAAUCUUGGUCGCCGAUGCUUCCGUUUCGAGGAGGAAUGGCAACCAGGUACGGUCAGUCAGCGUGAUGCAACUAGUGGCCAGAUGCGCAACGAAGCCAAGGUUCAUGUCGUUCGAACUGAGAAAACGGUCGCUGAGCUCCGCGACCUCCAAAUCGCUCAGCAAUAUGGCCCAGCCACCCGGAAGGAUGAGCUGUUCCGCAUCGCGCAGGACGCUGUAAAGGAUCACUUUCAUUUGAGACCGGGCCAGAAACAAUAUGUCUCCGUCUUACUGCUCGAUUCCCAUUGGGAUACGGAAUCGCAGAUCAUCACUGGUCAUGCCGCCCUAGGCUCGAGCCAAGGCGACCUGAAAAUGGCGAUCUUCGGGUCUCACUGCCUUCAAAGCUACCCUUCUAGUUUGGAAGAAGUGGUGGAUUCUUUCACGGAUUGUACCCGUACCAACACAGACCAUGUCGCCAACGACUGUGGCGAGGGUGGGUCAAACUGGGAGUCUGCCAAUAUCGGCAUAGGAGCUCAUCUACACGAAGUUGGUCACGUCUUUGGUUGCCCUCAUCAGGAAUCAGGGAUCAUGCUCCGAGAUUACGUCCGUCUUAACCGUUCCUUCCUUACUCGCGAGCCAUUCUCAACUCGAACGAAAACGCAGGGUCUUAAUCCCUGCCUACCACAGGACGAAUGCACGUGGCACAGGCUAGAUACUCUGCGCUUCCGGUUUCACCCCUGCUUCCGCCUCCCUAAUGAUUCCCCGAUGAGCUCGGACGAUAGUGUCCAGGUUUGGCCGGUCGAGAACGGCAAGAUCUUAUUGACAGCCACGACUGGGAUUGCCUUCAUAGAGUUGUAUGCCGAAGAGGAUCAGGUUUGCCGCAACUUUAUCGAAUAUAUCAACAGUGAAUCGACAAGCAAUGGGCUUCCCAAACAGGUCACGAUUACGGAGAGUGAGCUGCGACAACGUGUUUUCGGUACCGACAAGGAGAAGAAAAAGCAGAUAAAGAUGUCCAUAUUUUCCGGUGCGCUGGGCAAGUUUACCGUUGACUCGAUCAGCACCUUGAAAACAAAGAAUUCCCAGGUCAAGCUUCCCAAGGGGUUGGGAUUUCGAGGUUGCAAGCUUGGACUAUCCCAACUACCUGAAACUCAAUCCGAGCAGGUCCUCCUAGACUGUGCUUUCCAGUCCACUAAACUCCUGACAUCCAUCAAGGUUUAUCAUGACGCCAAGUUGCAUGGUUUGGAAUUUUUCUACGAAGAUGCAACAAGUCAGUUAUUUGGGAAACGGGAAGGAAAGCCUGACGACUUCGUCCUGGAUACACGACGUGGAGAAAUACUCCUAGGCUUCUACGUUCGGGCAGGCCACUGGAUCGACGCUAUCGAGAUUUUGACCAGCUUAGGCCGAAAGUCUGGCGUCUUCGGCAAUGCAAGUGGAGGCUCAGGCUACAAUCUGAUUCCUCCAUUGGGCUAUAAAGUUGCCGGUGUCUCGGGAUCAUGCGGCGCCUGGGUCGACGGCCUUUCUCUCAUCAUCAUGCACUAA